UUAGGCUUGUUUCGCAUUCUGUGUGGUCUGGACAUGGAUUUCCUGCUUAUAGAAGUUUGACAGUGUGACACUUUUCUAAACCUGAUUUGAGGCACUUUCCAUCUCGGUGUUGAUGCUGAAAAGCUUGUUGCAGAGGUUCGCCGGCGUUGUGGGAAAUUGCCGGGUAGUGUGCAAACGGCACAGUUUGAUGCGUUCAUACAGAAGGAAGCCUGUACAUUUGCCCGCGCUCCAAGGUAACAAACGCCUGCUGACUUCUUUUUCUAAGUUAGUAACACGCUCGCAGGAAACGAGAGGAAGGUAUUUGCUCCAAAAUACAGGUUUUGUCUCAAAAUACUGUAGCUUCACAACUAGAAUGUCUUGUCAGAGCUUUAUUGGCUAAUAGCUCCUAAUUAUGGUCAUUAAAACAAGUGCUGUCCUGAUUGGUUCGCUUGGUGUUGCAUAGGUUAAAAAGGCUCUUCAGGCCACUUCUGUUAUGUCUAAUCUUUUUUGUUGAAUCACAGUGAAAUAUUCUGCUGCUUUAGGAUCCUAAAUUCUCUGUAUCGUCCCCACCUUGACGCUAUCUGCUGAGCUGAUGGUUGUAAAUGACAGGGACGUGACGCGCAGUCCUGUGAGAAGACUGAACGUCGCAGGGACUGUAAAUUAUAGCAUUCACUCCCGUCUCUCAUAACGCGUCACACUGUCUCGUUCCCCUCGAAGCGCUGGACCGGUUUCCAUAAUCAAGCGAGGCUCCUUUCAAAGAGGCUCCACAGAUGAGACCCAACGAGCAGGAAGAGCCCCUGUGAUGAUGAGGAUGGUCGUGAUGUACUGCAGGUAGUAUUUUAGGACUAGCUUUGUUUAAAUGUUUAUUCGUGGUCUGUUAACGUGCCUCGGAGCUUUGUAGCCGUCCAUGUCACUUCUCUGUAAAUAAGAAAUUACCGUUAUGACGCACAGCUUAAAAUAACCGCGCUCCAGUAUUUAACUUCACCCGGUGAAUGACUCCCCCCGACCGAGAAAGCGCCGCCUGCUUCCAAUGCAGUCGUUCACAGCAGGAUGCGCGUUUUCAUUCCUGACAGCGAGCGGCAGUGCAAUCAGACAACAGUCCCACUCCAGCAUUAGUAGGACUUCCACAUCAGAUUAGCACAGGGGGGAGAGGAGCCACGGCGGGUGAGGCAGAGUUCGGCACCCUGCGGAGCGCGGUCGUAGGAGGGAGGCCGGCUGUUUGGUGGAGGCGAAGCAGGUCUGGGGCUCCGUGACCCCUCCUCUCCCUUGUAUUGCACAGAUGCUGCACCAGCACCAAAGCUCUGUUUCACUUCCAGCAGAUUAAACCGUCACGAGCCAUUCUCCAUCUCAUCCCUGUGACUUUUGGGCCAGCAGCAAACCUCUGUUAGAACAGCCAUAUAUCACAUCGUAGUCCUUGUUCUGUACGUUAAUGCCACGGCUUAGUAUCAGAUACUUUUAUUCAUGUACAGUUAUCUUAGAAUAAUAAAUAAUCUACUUUUGAUGGUUUGAUUUGUUGAAGGUUGUUGGUUGUAGGACCUGCUUUGACAGGCUUUGUUAUUGUUGCACGUCACGCGGCACUUCAACCGUUACGCAUGGCUUUGACUGGUGGGUGCGUGUCUUUCAGGGGGGGCUUCGUCUCAUCAGCGUUAGCAUGCCGCUGUAAUCUCGCGGCCACAGUCUUUGACAGCGCGCUGACAGAGACACUGUGCUAAGAAUAGAGGGCCGCGGAACAAUGGAGCUGAACUUUGAUGGUCAGUGAUGACGCAUGAAAGGCCAGCGAUCGCAUGGCUGUUUGGUGCCGCCUUGGCUGUGAUGGAAAACUUCCCUUUAGCUGCUCUGUAUACUACUAUACUAUACUACAGUUACUGUGGUCACAUGUGCAGCGUAAAUCCUCUCGGCCUUGACUUCACUUCCUCAUGUGAGUCGUCCACCGGUACCAGCGAUGAUCCAGACGUGUUCAACUGUAACAGGAUGCGUUCUGUCCUGCCAUGACUUAUGCAUAAUGUUUUCCCACCUCAGCGCACAGACUCCAGGUCAGAUUGUGUGUCGCUGUUCACUAAUGCUUUUACUCAAAGAAAAUCAGUUAGCUUUUGUAACAUGUGCAAUAAAUAGUUGAUUUAGUUUUAUCAUUGUAUCUAUUCCCAGUACAGUUGCUACGCUGGUCUAAUGGUGAUCACAAUUAUUAUUAUUACUUCAAGUAAUCACACCAUGAAAUAAAUUUCAUAUUAUUUUAUAUCAGCAGUCUCCAGUUUGUUUUUUAAGGCCAUGUGUUUGGAUGAGACAUACAGUUUGAGCUUUAUACUCAUUCAGGCUGCUGCUUUAAAACCCUCUCUCAAAAUCUGUAGUCAUAGCAAGUAACAGUAUCUUCUGCACUGCAGUCACAAAAGUUGCCUAAUUCGACUUUUACGAUUUCUGGAGCAGAGGCCAGAUGGGAACUUUCUUAUCCGUUGCAUUUCAAAGAAAGGCUUAAAGUACAUGAAUCUAAGUCAAAGCUGUAUUUAAUAAUUAUAUAAGCUUUUCUUUUCAAAGAGGACUUAUUCUCUUUUCAAUUCAAUUUUAUUUAUGUAGCGUCAAAUCACAACAGAGUUAUGUCAAGGCACGUUGCAAGGUGAGGUUUAAGACCUUAUACAAUUAAACACAACUAUUCCCACACACAGCAAGGCUUUCAUUGUAUUUCUUGCAAACUGACAGCAGUGGAGAGGGAGAAAGCUCCAGCAGAACCAGGCUCAAUGCAGGCGGCCAUCGGCCUCGACCGGUCGGGGUGAGACAAGCAGCAGCAGAGCUCAGGCAGGAAGGUUUUUUCAUUUCGCUAUGCUUAAAACAACCCUCUGCUGUUUGAUUGUCACCUCUUAAAUGGCCCAGCUGAGAAACCCAUAUGUGCAAUAUGAGCAAUUAUUCUAGUGGUGCUAAUGACACAGGCUAAGAAAAGAACACAGAUGGUUGCAUUUACAGCUGACUUUGUGUUUGCUCCUUUGGCUCAGGAUCUAAAACUAGAAUCUCACAAUCUCUUUGUUACUGUUCUAUUGUGUUUCUAUUUAUUUACUUACCUAUUUACCUAAAAACUGAUGAGUCAUGGACUUUUGCCUCCUUAUGGUGUGGUGUUCGUAUAUGCAGGCGGUGCGUAUGAUGGUGGUAGAUGUAGUCGGGCUGGUGAGUGGUGGUGGGUAGCAGUGUAGCUUUAGCUGGUCAGGAUGACACAGCGUGAGUGUGUGGUAAUGACUGGUGUGUGUGUGUGUGUGUGUGUGUGCGUGCGUGCGUGCGUGGCUGCUUAACCUUGCUUGUGGCUUGCAGUCCUAUCACCUCCCCCUCUAACUUGUAGGCGCUAAGGACGCGGCGGCAGCGACGCUCUGGGGCUCGGCACCGACCUCACCCGCCACGGACGCCGCCCGGACCCACACUGUCCUUCUCCGCUGCAGCGGCGCCAAAAUGUAGCAUCGCAACCACGCGCUGCCAUCAGCUGUACAACAUCAGCAGCAACACUCAAGGGCUCACAGUCGGUGCCUUUCUUUUCAACGCUAGCAAAAGCGGCCAAGGUGGCGGUUUAGGCAGCUCUAUAGCCAACAUAUGUGUGUGUGUGUGUGUGUGUGUGUGUGUGUGUGUGUGUGUGUGUGUGUGUGUGUGUGUGUGUGUGUGUGUGUGUGUGUGUGUGUGUGUGUGUGUGUGUGUGUGUGCGCGCGUGAGUCACCUGCCGGUCCCUGGGGAGAACUAGCAAAAGGGUUGUGUUACACUCCCUGACAGGCCUUAUACAUGUUUCAUCUGCUGCUCUCAGAACAGAAGACCCCUUUGUUAUCCAAUCCCCGGACUUUACUGCCACAGGACCGCUCUCCACAGUCUGCCAGCGUGCCACUGAGCAGAUAGAGCACAUAUCAAGCAACGGCUGAGGAGCAGCUCCAGGACCGUAUCUACUAUCAGGACUCCGUAGCUCUAAAUCACUGGCUGGAACCUGGAAAUGCUUUUAAAAUGACAGGACGAAUUACCGGAGCUGUGCCAGGUUAACCAAAGGUUUUAGGCUCUACAGCACCUAUUAUGUCAUCGCUUUAGCACUGAAACCUGUUAUAGCAGAGAGUCAAGCUCCAGAACUGCGACAUCUCAAAAAUUCUCAAAAAAAAGAAAAGGACUAGAAGUUGAGGGGCGGUUUUUGCCUUUUGAUGAGCUGCUCGGCAUCAUGAGCGACACUCUGAGGCCUCCGUCGCUGCAGGUGAGUGUCCCGAGCGACGGCCCCGCGUACUCGGACGGCGGGGGCCACGCCGUGUCCGACGGCUCCGUGCGCUCCAGCUCGUCCACGCCGACGCUCCGGCGCAAGCGCUUCAAGAUGCGGCGCAUGAGGAACGUGCCCAGCGAGAGGGAGGCGGAGCGGGGCCGCCUGGGCCAGGCCCGCGGCCCGGCCCGGUCCCGCUCGGGCUCCAAGGAGUACCUGCAGCUGCCGUCCAUUGAGAUCACGCCGUCCAGCGACGAGGACGCGCCCUCCUCCUGGUCCAGCUGCUCCACGCCCAGCGCCUCGCCGCGCCGCAAGCGCUUCCUGCUGAGGAAGUGGCUAAAGGUCAGGGAGAAGAGGGAGCAAGGCAGUGAGAGCAGCAGCCAGCAGAGCAGCCAGCAAAGCAGCCAGCAGAGCAGCCAGCAGAGCAGCCAUGAGGACGACAGCACUCGCUUCCUAACGCCGCUGAUCCGAGAAGAGAGGUCUGACAGUGCAGCGGAUAAAAUCGGCACUGCCAGUAACUCAAACAAGAGCACGCCCGCCUGCUCGCCAGUGCUGCGGAAACGCUCGCGCUCGCCCACGCCCCAGAGCCAGGAGGGCGAGACCAUGGUGGAGAAGGGCUCCGACCACUCCUCCGACAAGUCCCCCUCCACGCCUGAGCAGGUCGUCCAGAGAACGUACUCGGUGCAGUCGGCGCGAAGCGGGGGCAAGAACUCCAAGAAGAGCCAAAGCUGGUACAACCAUGAACGACAGCACAUCCUGAGAGUGCUGAGCCCCACAUACAAGCAGCGCAAUGAGGACUUCAGGAAACUCUUCAAACAGCUCCCUGACACAGAGAGACUCAUUGUGGACUACUCGUGUGCUCUCCAGCGGGACAUCCUCCUACAGGGACGACUCUACCUCUCAGAGAACUGGAUCUGUUUCUAUAGCAACAUCUUCCGCUGGGAAACCUUGCUGACCGUGCGGCUAAAGGACAUCUGCUCCAUGACGAAAGAGAAGACCGCCCGCCUCAUUCCCAACGCCAUCCAGGUCUGCACAGACACAGAAAAGCACUUUUUCACCUCAUUUGGAGCCAGGGACCGGACGUACAUGAUGAUGUUCCGACUGUGGCAGAAUGCGCUGCUGGACAAGCCCCUGUGCCCCAAGGAACUGUGGCACUUUGUUCAUCAGUGCUACGGCAACGAGCUCGGCCUGACCAGCGACGACGAGGACUACGUCCCCCCCGAUGACGACUUCAACACCAUGGGGUUCAGCGAGGAGAUCCCCAACGAAGAGAACGAGAUCAACAACGACAGCCUGGUUAAGACCAGCGCCGAGGCCAAACCCGAGGGCAGCCCUCCCCUGCUCCACAAGAAGGUCAUCGCUAACAGCACCAUCCCCCUCCCCGGCAGCAACGACGCGCCUCUCGCCUUCGAGCUCCCGACGGAGGAGUUCGCCGACUGCCUGCCGGACGGCGAGCUGCUCGCCGUGCCCCUGCUGGUGGAGGAGAGGGCCGGCGACGCCAGCGGGCCCGGCGGCCCGGCGCCCUCGCCCUCACUGGACUUCAACGACAACGAGGACAUCCCCACGGAGCUCAGCGACUCCUCCGAGACCCACGACGAGGGCGAAGUGCAGGCGUUCCACGAGGACCUGAACGGCAGGCAGCACAUCAACGAGGUCUACGGCUUCAGCGUGGACAAGCUCUACGACAUCCUCUUCACCGAGUCGCAGUUCAUGAGCGACUUCAUGGAGCAGAGGCGAUUUUCAGAUGUGGUCUACCACCCGUGGAAGAAGGAGGAGGCGGGGAACCAGACGAGAGAAAUCAUGUACACCAUCUCUCUGUCCAACCCCCUGGCUCCCAAAACUGCCACGGUCACGGAGACACAGACGCUGUACAAGGCCAGUCAGGAGAGUGAGUGCUACAUCAUCGACGCCGAGGUCAUCACACACGACGUCCCCUACCACGACUACUUCUACACGCUCAACCGCUACAUGCUCACCAGGGUGGCCAAGAACAAGUGUCGGUUACGGAUCUCGACUGAGCUGCGCUACAGGAAGCAGCCGUGGGGGCUGGUGAAGGGCUUCAUCGAGAAAAACUUCUGGAGCGGCUUGGAGGAGAACUUCCGCCAUCUUGGUAAAUAUAUGAUUCAUGAGCAGUACAGUGACAUAGAAGGUAUGAACAGUGUGAACCCACGGAUCAGAUGUUACUGCUCUCCGUCCCUCUCAGAGCUGGCGUUGUCCAAGCUGGAGGAGAUACUGAUCGAGUCCCACCGGCUGUCGCCCAAGACGAAGGCGGUGAAGAACUCCACGGUGCGGCGGAAGAAGAGGCCGCUCCCCCACAUGCGCAGCCAGCACCUGGACGAGGCGCUGAGCCCCGUUACCACGCCGACGGACGAGGAGGUGAUCCAGAGAAUCAAGCAGGUGGCGGGCUCCACGCAGACCAGGCACCAGAGCCCGGAGCACCAUCACCUGCCCGGAGGCUUUGCCCUGUACAGCGUGUCCAAACUGCUGCUCAUCAUCAGCUUUGUGAUCUGUAUAAGCCUGGUCCUGCUGGUGUUCCUCAACAUGAUGCUCUUCUACAAGCUGUGGAUGCUGGAGUACUCUGCACAGUCCUUAACCACCUGGCAAGGACUGCGGCUCCACGAAAGUAAACUGCCGCAGACGCAGAUGGAGUGGGCGCAGCUCCUGGAGGCGCAGCAGCGUUACCAUGACGCCGAGCUCCAGAAGUGGAGGGAGAUCAUCAAGUCGUCGGUGGUGCUGCUAGACCAGAUGAAAGACUCUCUGCUGAACCUCCAACGAGGCAUCGGCCUCAGAGACUACAGCUCCGAGGCCGAGGAGAAGAGGAGUCGCUAUCACUGACGUCGCGCUGCGAAGGCCGCGAGGGCAUGCUGUGCAAUAUAGGACCAGUUUUGUUUGUGGACCACGACGCGGGCAGCAGCGAGACGGAAGCACGGAAGGACACACACACACGCACACAGAGGAACUGAAGUGUCCCCAACGUCGCUGAGGUAUCGCGGGGAGGUGGGAGUCUCCCCUGAACCUGUGGGGGAGCAGCUUCCCUCCUCUCUCCUCUUUUCUAAGUGCAUCUCUCUGUGAUAAAAAGGAGCGUGGCAGAGAGAAAAGAAACUACUGCAUGCAUUUACACAACCUAGCUCCCCUCAGUCAGUGUUAACGUGGUCCAGUUCCAGUCUAUGUGUGUCAAAAAAAAAAAAGAAGAAGAACAGAAGACAAGGAGAGGUGGAUUCUGAGAGGAGGGGGGGUGGGGGCGUUCGAGUCCCAGUGGCUCUCUGCACUCUCUCGACUGUUCCAAAACCGAUCGCCCCCUAGAGGUCCUCGCUGCAGCGUCCCUUUAAGGCGUCGUCCCGCGGCUCAAAGGGAAAAAGAAGUAUUGUAGCUCCGUGCAUCUUGCCUUGUGUGACCCUGGUCUGUCUGGUGUCUGUCGGGGCUGGUCCCCCGUCAGGCCGCUGUGUCCAAACCCACAGUCCACAUUUUACACGAGCAGCCGCCGCGGUACAGGCGUGACAUCACAUUAUUCCUCAUCCUUGCAAUUAACUAGAAUGUAUUACCUGGACAAACACACCAGACUGACUGAAAGCUGAAGAAGAGAUGCUGCAGCCAGGAGAUCUGUGUUCUUAUGUUUUAUUACUCGACUCUGAGUAUUUCUCUUUAAAGAUGUUUAAAAUUAGACAGAAUUCUAUGAAUAUAUUUGAAAUAUAUAAGGAUAUUUCAUUAUUUAAUAUAUAUAUAUAUUUCAAAAUAUAUAAACAUUACCUAUAUUUAUUGUUAAUUUAUGUACAUAAAGAAAUUAUCAGAGCUCUAGAGCAGCGAGAGAAUUUCUAACAAAAGUGUUUUCUUCUAAAAAUGCAUGCCAGAUAUGUCUGUGACAUGUCCAGUGUGCAAGUAUGGUUCUGCAUUUGCGCGAUUAUAUUCGCGUAUGAGUGAGUGAGUCAGUGAGCGAGUGAAUGAGUGAGUGAGUGAGCGAGCGAGCGAGUGAGUGAGGGUUAUGUGUGCAUGUGGUGUAACGUGUGACAUUUGUACCAUUCCACACCUGUUGAGUUCCAUAACGUCUUUGUGUUUCCUGGCUCCUGACACCAGGCUGCCUUUUUGUUAGCGCUGAUGCACGGGGACGCCGCCAUGCAUUAGCCCCACCAGGGUGUGGUUUACGAAUGAGGAUUUUGCCCUAAAAUGAUGUGCAGCAUUUGAGAACAAAGUUUCACCUACUGUCACAAAAUCAUUGAUUGCUUAAAUCGAUUAUUGUCACUUUUCACAUACUACAAUUCAAAAUCCUGCAUUUCAAUAAUAGUUUUUUCCCCUUUUCAACAUUUUGGAGGUUAACUCUGUGAGCAGCACUUUGCUCAUGCCACAACACCACUCCUUUCCUUUAUGUUGACAGUAACAUAUGAAGAUUGGCACCUCUCUCGUGCUGGUAGACUAAACAAAGCCUGCAGCCGACAGCCGCUCGGGCGGCCUCACACGCUCCUCCACCGUUUCCAGUCUUUAUGUGGGGCUAACCUCUGUUAGCGCCACUGACCAGCGCCCAGCUGACCUUAGCUUAGCAUAAACAUCUGGCCCGGCGGGUUUUUACCGCCGUCUCCAUUCUGCCUCCUGAGUUGCACAUAUGACGCUUGUCUCAAUCCUCUCAUGUGUUUCUCCACAAGAAAGCUGCAAAAUGUUUAAUUUACAGAGUUUAAUCUCCCCCUUCUGCAUUUCAAGCAUCUGUUUUUGGUGCAAUGAAAGCAUGAGAAUUAACUUUAAGCACCUAGAACGAACCAAAAGAAAGAAGAAAUGUAUAUUGUUGUGUUGAGCGAAGUAUUUAUCACGUUUGUCAUGUAUCACAGCUGAGCGACGAAAGCACAUCCAAAAAGGCAAAACUUCCUUGUGUGAAAAGAAGUGAAAGUGAAGCACUUUAAUGCGUUUUCAGGUACCGAGUGAUAGAGGAGAUAGUUUUGAGGUAACUGCAGGGCUGAUGACUUGAGUGUUUGGUUUGUUUUAACAACCACGCUGUUGUUUGAAUCUCCAUAGACAUGCUUUUAAACCCACUGUUUCUUGUUUUUACUUUCAAAUUUUGUUUUGGCCCUAAGAAAAUGAUGGAAACACGUGCAUCUUCCCCGAACACGCAGAGCGACACCCUUCUGAGUGAGCAGCGUCUUUUCUGUGUGCCUGUACGUCGUGUUACUGACUGACCCCAGAGCAGCUUCAGGACCGGACCCCCCACUGUGUGAGUGAGCGUGACGUUUGGAGGAAGGCGUCGAGUCUUGGGACUGAAUGUGAGCGGCUGGAGAGGGUUUCUGUUUUAUGGAAACCACCUUCACAACCCCCGACGGCACUGACAGAUGAUAGUGACGCCAUCGUCACGUAAAGUUGUAUCAGAAAUUAUUCACACUCUUUCACUUUUUGCCAAAGCCCAGGCUUAAAGAUGGCAGCUCGCAGGCACACAAAGGCAGAAAUGGAACUGACCAGUGUCCAAAAAAGCAAAGGGGUCUGAAUCGUUCUUGCAUCAGCUGUGUAUGAUGGUACAGGAAUGUUAUAUAUAUAUAUAUGAAAAUGUGACUGAAAUGCUUUAAAGAGUUUAUCUUUCAAACUGUGUGGCGAAAGGUUUAUUUUUCUUUCUUCGGAUGCUUGAAUUACAUUUUUUGUCUUAAAAUGCAAAAACAUCCUCUGCUGUUUUGAGGGAGACGUUGAUCAGGUUGGUUUUAACGCCACGAGUGAAGCAAUUCUAGUAACACAGGACCUGAGUUGACUUUCAUCGCACAUGCUGUUUUAUUUACCGCCAUCAUUCCAGACAAAGGCACAUGUUUCUCAUUAAUACCAACAAUCUUAACUUGAAUCUUGAAACUCACAAACUCUGCAAGACCUGUGUUUUUUUUGUGUUUGUUUUUGUUUUCCUCCUCUGGCGUGCGCACACACAGUGUUGUGUGUUCGAUGAAUGUUUGUAUGACUGCUAGCGCUGCACAGCUGUGGAACCAAGGCGACCUGAGAGUUCUUGAUGCCACUGUUUAGUCACUGUCAACAAAAUGGUUUGUGUUGCUCCAUUGACUGUAUUAUUUGGCAUUCGCCUUGCUGACCCAGAGUCAGCGGGAAACUAGUGCCACCCAUGCAUCGCAGUACUAACUCACAGCCUUUGGUUAACACACAUACACACACAACCUGGAAACAACCACUCAUUGAGUUCAUAGCAAAUGCUCCUCUUCAAGUGUGUCUUGAUAAAAAAAAAACAUGUACUGGUGUAGUUCUGUUCCAAAACAAUUCUUCUGUAUGUUGUUUUUUUUUUUUUUAGAAAAUGUUUUGAUCUCUACAGAGACUUUUAGUGAAAUUUAUACAUGAGAUAAAUAUACUGUAAGUAUAUGUUGUGUAUAUCUGCAGUGCGCACACAAAGAUGAAAAUCCAGCCUGCGCUGCGCGUGGGUUUUGACUUGCUGAUGACUUUGCCUCAUAGAGACUGAAGAUAAAAGUGGCUUUCCGGUUCAUGUGAAGUAGAGUUUGGAAAUAUGAAUAAAAAAAAUACUGAUCAAA